UGCCGUAGAUUAUCAAACGGACGCUAUAUAAAACCUUAUUGAGGGCGCUAUGGUUUACUAUUACAUUUUAAGUCUGGUCUAGCGACGUUCUCCACAACGCAAUAAAUAGAAGAUACAGGAUGUUGACAAAAAAUAUCUUCGUAACACUGUUAAUAGUUGCUUGUGUAGUCAUUAAGGAAACACAGUGUGCCAAGGAUGGAGAAUUUCUGCAUGAUGAAGAUAGAAUUAUAGCCGGUGAAGCAAUUUCAAGUGAUGAUAUAGUAAAUGAAUUUCUGCAUCCGGAUACAAUGGAAGACGAGAGUGACGCUAUGACACCGAAAUUUAAAAGGAUAUUGCUUAUGCUUUCCCAAUAUAUAGCAAUGGAAAGUGGACCAGAAUAUGUAUGGCUUAAAAUACAGAAGAGUGCGCCCAAAGAAGCAUAAGUUUAUACAAUGAUAAUAAUAUUUUUAAUAAAAAUUAUGUAUAUAU